UUUGAAACCAGUCGUUUAAGCUGCUUGGGUAAGAAGAUCUGCUCUCCCACACCCCGGCCAAAACAAUAGCUUGUUGAUGGAUAAUUGCCUUGCUGAUUAUAGUCUCCACACUCUACACACGGACACCACAUUUGUGGGACCACGUUACUUCGCACAGCCGUUGCCUGAAAGCUCCGGAAUCAGAAUUUCCCCAUCAUGAGCAUCAACAAAGAGGAAGUUGAAACUUUCUUGGAUAGCAAUCCAGAUUUUGCUAAGCGGUAUUUUGAGAAGAAACUGGAGGGCAGAAUCUUCAGCGCCAAGAUGAACGGGGAGCUGUCCUCAGAAGACAGCAUGGGUUUUGAGGGGUUGGACCCAGUAGAAACAGAAACUCUCUUUGAGCUGAUACAAGACAUGCAGGACAACAUUAAUAUGGAGAAGGUGGUCUUCAAGACCCUAAAAAAAAUCAGUGCACUCAUCAAUGCUGAGUGGUGCAGUCUGUUUAUGUACAGGCAGCGAAACGGCACCCCAGAGCUGGCUAGCCGGCUGUUCAACGUUCAUAAAGACAGUACCCUGGAAGAAUGUUUGGUGACCUCUGACUGUGAAAUUGUUUUCCCACUGGACAUAGGUGUAUUGGGGCACGUUGCUCAGACCAAGAAAACCGUCAACAUCAAGAAUGCUCUUGAGUGUCAACAGUUUAGUAAAUUUGUUGAUGAACUGACUGAGUCUACUACGAGGAACAUUCUUGCAACACCAAUAAUGAAUGGCAAAGAUGUGGUUGCUGUGAUCAUGGCCGUGAAUAAGAUUGGAGGUCCUUUUUUCACACGUGCAGAUGAAAAUCUGUUCCUGAAGUAUCUCAAUUUUGCCUCCUUGAACCUGAAAAUUUAUCAUCUGAGCUACCUUCACAAUUGCGAAACACGAAGAGGUCAGGUUUUACUGUGGUCAGCCAACAAAGUAUUUGAGGAACUAACGGACAUCGAAAGACAAUUCCACAAAUCUUUCUACACAGUGAGAGCUUAUUUGAACUGUGACAGGUAUUCAGUAGGUCUUCUGGAUAUGAGUAAGCAAAAGGAAUUCUUUGACUUGUGGCCAGUACUAAUGGGUGAAGUUCCACCUUAUUCAGGACCUCGAACGCCAGACGGCAGAGAAAUUAUCUUUUACAAGGUCAUUGAUUAUAUUUUACAUGGAAAGGAAGAGAUUAAAGUUAUCCCAAAUCCCAAGGAAGAUCACUGGGCACUGAGUAGUGGCCUCCCUACUUAUGUAGCAGAAACUGGUUUUAUUUGCAAUAUUAUGCACGUAGAAGCGGAUGAAAUGUUUACAUUUCAGAAAGGUCCUAUUGAUGACUCAGGAUGGACCAUCAAAAAUGUUCUUUCAAUGCCAAUCGUCAACAAAAAAGAAGAAAUUGUAGGUGUUGCUACAUUUUACAAUAGAAAAGAUGGGAAGCCCUUUGAUGAACAGGAUGAAACACUAAUGGAGUCCUUAACACAGUUUCUAGGCUGGUCUGUGCUCAAUACUGAUACUUAUGAUAAGAUGAAUAAACUGGAGAAUAGAAAGGACAUUGCACGGGAUAUGGUGCUUUACCACGUACGAUGUGACCAGGAUGAACUUCAAGAGAUCUUGCCAACAAAAGAGAGGCUUGGCAAAGAGGUGAACGAAUGUAGCGAGGAUGAACUGAUGGAACUUCUAAAAGAAAAGCUUCCAGAUCCUGAAGAAUGUGAAAUCUACGCCUUUCACUUUUGUGAUUUCGAAUGGACUGAACUUGAUCUUGUAAAAUGUGGCAUUCAAAUGUAUUAUGAGCUUGGAGUGGUGAAAAAAUUCCAAAUUCCACAGGAGGUUCUGGUGAGGUUUGUUUUUUCAGUCAGUAAAGGUUAUCGAAAGAUUACCUAUCACAACUGGCGUCAUGGCUUCAAUGUUGCACAGACUAUGUUCACCCUUCUUAUGACAGGUAAACUGAAGCAGUACUACACUGAUCUUGAAGCCUUUGCCAUGGUCACUGCAGCUUUGUGUCAUGAUAUUGAUCACCGAGGAACCAACAAUCUUUAUCAGAUGAAAUCUCAAAAUCCCUUAGCAAAACUUCAUGGCUCAUCCAUUCUAGAGAGACAUCAUUUGGAAUUUGGCAAAUUUCUGCUCUCAGAAGAGUCCCUGAACAUUUACCAGAAUCUCAACAGGAGGCAGUAUGAACAUGUAAAUCACUUAAUGGAGAUUGCCAUUAUCGCCACCGAUUUAGCACUGUAUUUCAAAAAGAGAACAAUGUUUCAGAAAAUUGUUGAAGAGUCAAAGAACUACCAGGAUCAGAAAAAGUGGGUUGAAUAUUUGUCUCUGGAAAGCACAAAGAAAGAGAUUAUUAUGGCUAUGAUGAUGACUGCCUGUGAUUUAUCUGCUAUAGCAAAACCUUGGGAAAUCCAGAGUAAGGUGGCAUUAUAUGUAGCAGCUGAAUUCUGGGAACAGGGAGAUCUGGAAAUUUCUGUACUUCAACAACAGCCUAUUCCUAUGAUGGACAGAAGAAAAGCUGCUGAGCUCCCCAAACUUCAAGUUGGCUUCAUUGACUUUGUGUGCACAUUUGUAUACAAGGAAUUUUCACAGUUCCACCCUGAAAUUCUGCCGAUGUAUGAAAGACUACUCAACAAUCGCAAAGAGUGGAAAGCUCUGGCUGACGCGUAUGAAGCAAAGAUGGCAGCCUUGCAGGAAGAAGAGAAGAAGGACCAAAAGCCAGAUGCUCCUCAAGCACCAAUGGCCAAUGGAGGACCUGUUACCUCAUCUUCAACUUGUUGCAUUCUUUAGGUCAACACAUUAACAAUGCAAGAUUACAAUAAGUCAGGGCUGUUUGACAUAUACAUCAGAACUAGAUUUGCCUCAUGUACCGAUGAACAAGAGUCAUAGCAACCUGGAUCUAGAGAAUCAAAUGUCUAUUUUCAAAUGCAAACUUUGCAUUUAUCCGUCCCCUUGAAAAACUUGAGAUAUAUAGCUAAAUAGCUGAAGAUGCCAUUAUAUGUUCUAAAGUUGUUCUGGGACAUGACAUGCAGACAUGUGUGAGCUAUGUGAACAUUCUGUAUCACUGAACUAACUCUCUGCCUCCUAUGGUAUUUUGGGGCUAUAUUAUUAGAAAUCUAGAAUAAACUGCUUCUCAAGACUGAUUUAUAAAAGCAAAGGCCCAUCAUGGCUGAAGUAGUUUGAAAGUAAGCAGGGUCACAACAAAGCUUUGGAGAAUCUAAGGUGCUCUCAUCAAUAAUCUCUACAAUGAAUUAUUUCACAGCAGUGUAUCCAAAGGAGAAGCUAAUCUAUAGAUAGGAUACAAUCAGCCAUUAAAGGGGAAAAAUGAAGUCUAUCCCCAUGCAAAUCACUGGGGAAGAGACCCACUACGACCACAAAUCUUGCAUCUGCAAGACAUUUAAGUUGCAAUCCUUUUGUCAUAUGUAGAGGGUCUAAGCUUCAAAUCGGGCAUUGGACAUUAGCCUUUACCUGUUCUUACGGAAUAGGUCCCUUGUAUUGAAAGCAGUAAAUCCCAGCUUAAAGACACACACACACACACACACACACACACACACAAAUGUGAGGCUUCCUUUUAGAUCCAAAGCAAUAAUUUGUUAUGUAGACCAAAUAAACACUAAAACAUCCAGAAGAGCUGGUACUUAUUGGCAAAUGCAGUUUAUUUUCAUGAAAUAAAAUGUCAGGGGAUAUAAUGGGAAAGCAGAGCAUAUAAGCAUUCAUGGUUUGAAUUUUAUUAUUAUUAUUAUUAUUCAUAUUUAUUGGCUGCCCAACUCCAGUAAAAAUAAAUUCUGUAAAAACAUGGGAGGAAUUGGGGACUGAGCAUCCAGAAUUAUAAUUUAGUACUAUUGAAUGAAAUAGAACUUAAACUGUAUGUAAGCAAAUUGCUUUUACAUCACAAAUGAGCAUGGAAAUGAAUAUGGAAAAGCAAGGACAUCAGCCUGGCAACUAAAUGCAGAUCAUUCCGCACUAUCAUGUUUCCAAAGCUACCUAUGGCUGGACCAUGAAAAAACUAAGCAAGAAGAAAAUUGACUUGCUCAAGCUGUGGUCUUGGAGAAGGCUCCUGAGCAUGCCUCGGUCAGCAAAGGCGGCAAACAAAUACUGGAGCAUACGGUACCAGACAUAUCACUGCUGUGCAAAAUCACAAAAUUCUAUCUUAACAGUACUUAUUUCAGUCAUGUCAUCCAAUCAAACUCACUGGAAAAGGAAGUUAUCCUUGGCAUGGUCAGCAGUAAGAGGCAAUGAGGCUGCCAAAAAAAACAGGAUACCCAUAUAAGACGACUUUCUAAAGCAUGCAAAUCGGCUUCGAAGUCGGGGGUCGUCUUAUACGCCGGAAAUUACGGUAGUUUUGGCGUAUAACACGACUUUCUAGGCAUGCAAAUCGGCACCGAAGUCGGGGGUCGUCUUAUAUGCCGAGUCGUCCUAUACGCCGAAAAAUACGGUAAGUAGAUACUAUCAAAGCUACUGCUAGCCAAAGCAUAAAAUAAAUUAAAAAGGCAUAAAAGAUAAAAAAAAUGUGUAGAGAGCUGGUCCAUAGAAUUACAAUGAAUCAGACACAAUUGGAUAACAUAUUACAAAUAUGAUAGCAAGGCUAGAGACUAGUUUCUGGUAACUGACUGUAUAAUUGUAGUUAAAAUCUCACAAGUCUGUGUACAAAUUUAAUUUGAAAAGAGUUAUUUUUUAAAAUAAAAUAUUUAAAAACCUCCCAUUCA